CUGCACAGUGCAGCUGUACAGCUUCGCAACUUUGAAGCAAACUUUAAGUCUUACUCAACAAGAUAACAGGAUUACCUUAUUUCGACGUGGUGGAAAAGCGGUUGCUGAAUUUCAGAGAGCACUUUAGUGUGUUGCUGGUGUGCGUUCCUCUCAUUAGAAACGAAAUGGUGGGCAAGUGCUGCUUAGUAUUUUGAUCAUGCCAGGCAGCAGUUGAAAAGGAGUGGAAAGGAGUGCAGAAUAAGAUGAAGCAUGAACAUUUUAAGAGACCACCACAAAAGCGUGACACCUAGUACACUGAGACCUAUAGGCUGUUUGGAAGCAGAGGACUUAGCUGUUUGGCUGGGACCCUGCAAUUGCUACACAUGUCCUCAACUAUGCACCAUACUUGAGACUCUUGAGUUUGGUAAGGACUGGCCAUGACGAGCCUGAAGCACUCACCGUCAGAGCGGCUUGUUGUGGGGACGGUCCGUGCCACAGAAGACCAUUAUACCCGCCAGCUACACCUGACCAACAGAAGGACACCUCUACAGCCAGAGAACUCUUACCAGGUGGGAAGCAUGAUUGGGGUUCCAAAAAUGGGGGUGCGAGCACGGGUUGCUGACUGGCCACCUAGGAGAGAUGGAGGAGCUCUGCGGCACACCAGUGCAGGUGCAGAAACAGGCAGUAGCUUGGGUAGUCACGCCAAACUCAGGACCUUGAUAACUCCUGAGGAUUCAACCAUGUACCACAGCAUCCACAAGACUCGCCAGAGCAAGUUUCAUCCAGCCAACCGUGACGGCUCCAGGGAAGGCCACUUGAUCAAGCUCAGUGACAAUGGGGGGUCCUGUCACAGGACUAGACACAUCAGACAACGUAGCAACAGUGACAUGACGCUUAGUGAGCUUGAUGGAAGUGGAGACGGUGGGGAAGACUGGGGCUGUGCAGGGACCAAAUGGUCCCCACUGCACAGGGAAUAUGGCAGCACCUCCUCCAUCGAUCAGCAUGCUGUCUCCUCUUCAGUGGUCUCAAAGAACAGGUUAUUUGAGAUGCUCAUGGACUACCAAGAGGAGACGCAAGACCACUGUAGCCCAGCACCUGAAAGAUUGGAAGAGCUGCUAACACUGAACAAUAAACUGGAUCUGCUGGACUCAGGAGAGGACAUGAAAGAUGGCCCACCUUCUGGUCGAUUGAGGGACCGAGACAAGCAGCCAAAGAGGCGGUCUAAAUCUGAGACAGGUGGUGAAUCUAUUUUCAGGAAACUCCGCACUGUGAGGGCUGAGGUGGGCUCUCUAAAGGUUGGCUCUGAUGUUGAGGAUGUUAAACCGCCUUUAAAGCCUUGGGUGUGCCAGAAAGGGUUUGCGCACUAUGAUGUGCAGAGCAUGCUGUUUAGCCUGAAUGAAGUGAUCCAGAACAGACAGAGUUCAGCAGCUACACGUAAAAACAAAACUUCUGGUGCCUCUGCUGCUUCAGCCUUCUCAGCAUCAGCAACCUCCACACUGUCUUCAACACACAGCCUACCAUACAGCUCCCCUGGUGGCAGCCAAGAGGAACUCAAUGCCCAGGAUGGUCCCUCUCUAGAUACAGCUGAUGAGGAGGGCAAUGGACUGGUGCUGAAUUGUCCUUGCUUUUGUACUGAAACCGGGGGAAGCAUUAGACACAGGUUUGGACCUGCACUACCGGGUGAGGUUGGAGGUGGGGGUUCCAGAGGUCUUGGAGGUGAUGAUCUUAUGCGGCGGCUCCACUGCACUGGUGCAGGUGUUGCUGUUGUAGAGGGUCCCAAAGAUGCAUCCAGCUUACUGAAUGACAGGGAAAAUCAGUAUGUUAUUGAACAUGUGGACCUUGGAGCAUAUUAUUACAGGAAGUUCUUCUACCUAAGAGACCACUGGAACUACUUUGGCUUAGAUGAGUCAUUGGGCCCUGUAGCAGUAAGCAUAAGGAGGGAGAAAUGGGAAGAGGAUAAAGAGCAUGGGCAGCAGUACAACUAUCGCAUCAUUUUCAGGACCAGCGAGCUGAUCACCUUGAGAGGCUCUAUACUUGAGGAUGCAGUGCCUUCCAGUGCUAAGCAUGGCACUACUAGAGGUUUACCCCUUAAAGAAGUGCUGGAGUACCUGCUGCCAGAGCUAGAUGUUUCCUGCCUGCGGCUUGCUGUCAACACACCCAAAGUGACAGAACAAUUAAUGAAACUGGAUGAACAGGGGCUCAGUUUCCAGGUGAAGGUGGGGGUAAUGUACUGUCGGGCAGGGCAGAGCACAGAGGAGGAGAUGUACAACAAUGAGAUGGCUGGCCCUGCCUUUGAAGAGUUCCUGCAGCAGCUGGGAGAGAGAGUGCGGUUGAAAGGGUUCACCAAGUACCGUGCCCAGCUAGACACCAAAACUGAUUCUACCGGAACACACUCCCUGUACACUGCCUACAAGGAUUAUGAGAUCAUGUUUCACGUGUCUACCAUGCUUCCCUAUACUCCAAACAACAAACAGCAGUUGUUAAGGAAAAGGCACAUUGGAAAUGAUAUAGUCACCAUCAUCUUCCAGGAGCCUGGAGCACACCCCUUUACCCCUAAGAAUAUCCGCUCACAUUUCCAGCAUGUGUUCAUCAUAGUUCGCGUUCACAACCCCUGCUCAGACAACACCUGUUACAGUGUGGCAAUUAGUCGCUCCAGUGAUGUGCCCUCAUUUGGACCUCCAAUCCCUAGAGAUGUGAUCUUGCCCAAAUCCACAAUCUUCAGAGAUUUCCUCCUGACAAAGGUCAUUAAUGCAGAGAACGCAGCUCACAAAUCAGACAAAUUUGGUGCCAUGGCUACUCGGACACGGCAGGAGUACUUGCGUGACCUCGCUGAGCGCCAUGUCACCAGCACUCUGGUGGAACCUUCUGGAAAGUUCCCCUUCAUCUCUUUGGCACACAAACGGAAAGAGAAGAACCGACCCUAUGGUGCGGCAGAGCUUCGCAGUCUGGGGGCAAUCACGUGGGUGGUGCACUUGGAGGAUCAGACUGCAGGGGCAGAGAGGGAGGGGCUGCUAGCUAUCUCCAAUGAGUUUGUCAUCAUACUAGAUCAGGAGACAAAAGCUUUGGUUUUUAGCUGCUCUGUGAGGGAUGUAAUUGGCUGGUCACUGGGCAGCCCUGCCUCUAUGAAGAUCUACUAUGAGCGUGGAGAGAGCGUCUCCCUGCGAUCCAUCAAUAACAACACAGAGGAUUUCAGCGAGGUUGUCAAACGCCUAGAGUUGGUGACCAAGGGUGGCCAGACGAAGGAGAUGACCCUGAGAAGGAAUGCUCUGGGCCAGCUGGGCUUCCACGUGAACUUUGAGGGUGUGGUGGCAGAGGUGGAGCCCUAUGGCUAUGCUUGGCAAGCAGGCCUGCGUCAGGGCAGCCGCCUAGUGGAGAUCUGCAAGGUCCCCGUGGCGACGCUCUCACAUGAGCAGAUGAUUGAUCUGCUGCGCACUUCAGUCAUGGUGCGGGUGGUAAUCAUACCCCCGCAUGAGGACUCCACGCCACGCCGAGGAUGCUCGGAGAUAUACCACAUGCCGCUAGUGGAUUACAAAAACCACAAGGAGGGGAUGCCAUACGAGUAUAAGUUCCCCUUUCGCAACAAUAACAACAAGUGGCCUCGAGUCACCACUGCUCCACAGGCUGCGGUCUCUACUUCCCAGAAUCGUAAUUUAAGCAUGGGUGCAACUCUAAGCAAGGGCCAGUCUUCUGACUACGCAAAUAGGGUCUCGGUCAUCCCACGCAGUGUGUCCAGUGAUGGCCGCCCACUGAAUCCAAAAAGGUAUUCUCCAGGCUCUGAUAACUAUGCCCUAGCUUGUUCCAUUGUGAUGGGGCGGUCCCCCCACACCCGCAACAACCAAUCAUACUCCAGCGAUGCCACCUCCAGCGCUUCACAGUGGUAUCAGAAGUCCAUUCCAGAUGGCACCCCCACUCCAAACACCCUGUUCAGGUUUAAUGUGAAUCGUAACUCCCCAUUGGCCACAGAGUGUCAUAGUAUGAAAGACGGUGUGCAAGUCCCACCAAGCUGGGCCAGAGUAAUGGAGGGGAAAGGAGCCAGCAAGAGUUCUAGCAGAACCCCAUCAGACUCCCCUCUGAUGAAUGAAACAACCGUCUUCUUGAGCAUCGAUCAGCAGCACCAAAAAGACCAUAACACUACACUGAAUCCCAAUAUGAAGAGUGAUCCUACAUCCACCAGCUAUUCUGCCAGCAACACACUCUCCAGCACCUCCAGCUCCACACGCAGUGAUGAGAAGCUGUAUGACUGUGGUGGGAGGCCUGUUCCCCAGCUGGAUUCCAACCUAAACGGCUUCAUGGCUGGAUACCCACAUGGGGCAUCUGCUGGCGCCAGGGUCGAGUCAUCACCCCAUGGGCCUUUUCCCAGGAACGCUGACUCUGUUCCGGUCAGCAUCACCGCCAAGCCCAAAGAGAAGGCCUCAGCUCACUGGGGUGAGGUUACUCCAACCGAUAGGGCAGCUUCGGAGAUCUCGGCCCCAGCCUCAGAAUCUUCUCAUGCCAGAGACAUCACUGAGAACCAGGCAAAAAGCACCACAGCUCCGGAUGCUAGUUCCCAUACUCUCAGUGAUGCAGCUUCUCAUUCUAGCACCCUGAGUUCAGCACACUCUGCCAGCCCACUAAGCUUAACCCAGGAGGACUCAGCCCCUUCUACCUCCUCCUCCACCCGUCCAUCUUCCUCUCCUGGGCCUAAGAGCUUCUACCCACGCCAGGGAGCCACCAGCAAGUAUCUUAUUGGCUGGAAAAAACCCGGAGGCACCAUCAACUCUGUUGAUUUUGGCAACAGUCGCAAGCGCCAUCAGAGCGAUGGGCAUGUGGGUGGGCAUCCCCAGCUGCGGGCCACUAUGAGGGUGACCCAGUCCCCCCAACACCCCCCAAAGUCCAAUGUGGAGGAAGAGCUAAAGAAACUCAUCACCCUGGACAGCCCUCCACCCACCUGCAGCAAAAUGAAGCCCUCAUUCUCAGUGUCCACCCCGUGUCCCCGGCCACUGCAGCGGACCUUCUCUGAUGAGAGCAUCUUCAGUGGGCAGAGGGAGCCCUCACUGGGUGCACAGGGCGACUGCCUGUUUGGCCACUCCACCAUGCCACGUUCUCCCACUGUGCACCCACCCUCAUACGCACACAGCGCCAAGUCUCUGGGAGACCUCACCUCCAUGGAGAGCAGUGGAUUUGAGCAGGAGCCCCACAGGCCACCUCUCCAGGACCCUGCCCUCAUCCCACUCCCAGAUGCCGGAGCAGACAGUGGACUGGACUGGUCAGACCUGGUGGAUGCAGCCAAGGCCUUUGAAGUUCAGAGGGCAACCUUCUUGGCAACCAAGGAUGUCAUCUUGAGGUCAGAGGAGCUUGCCUCCAAUUCCCAAAAGGCCGAGCCUCAGGCUGUCUCACUGCAGCACGUCUCGCCCAGUGAGAGCCCCGCCUGUCUUAUUGGGAAGGUCAGUCAGCUGGAGUCUAUUGUGAAACUGCUACAGGAGGACCUAAAAAAGGAGAAGGAUGCAAAGGCAUCUUUGCAGGCCCAGAUUCAGAGUUUAAGGGCGGACAAUCAACGGCUACAGGAGGACUCUCAUAAUGCCUCUGCCAAACUCAAGACAUUCACAGAGUGGGUUUUUAAUACCAUUGACAUGAACUGACUUCCUCUGGUAUUCUGGUGCCAUACCCGCAGCAUAGUUCAAUUCAAAAUGUGCAGAUUGAUUUACAGGGGAGUAGUGAUCUUUGAUUCAAGUGAUGGCGCAAGAUGGUCAUUUCUACAAUCUGAAUUAUUCUGAGUAAUAAUGAGAGACCUGCAUGUGUGAUCCUUGUCACCUGAAAUCCGGUUGAGUAACCGUGCAUGCCUGUGUUCGUUACCCAGGGAUUUGGGGGCCCCUCUGGUGCCAGAUCUCACCAGAUCAAGCUAUAUUCUUUUUUUAUCUUGAGAACUACUGUUAUGUAGGACACUGUUUGGGGGUUGGUCACUUUCUCACUUCCUCACAGAUUUUAGGUGUCUUCAACAUGAUGAUGUCCUAAGACUGAUUCUUCAUUUGAUGGUAGCUUUGUGACCAAGGUGGUCACACUCAUUUAUUCAGACUCUGAAAGUUGACCCUGCAAGUGAAUAAUGGCAUAAGGAGGCUAUGACGGUCAUUCGGUGCUCAGUUGCUUUUGGGGGAUUGGAGAUUUUCUUUUCCAAUCCCCAGCAAGCAAAUUGAGUGAAUCAUGUAUUCUAGCUAGUCACAAAAAUCAACCUUCGAUAAACAGUCAUUUUGUUUACAGACUAUUGUACAAAUAAUUUGGAUGAUAAUGCAAAUAGUUAUGCACUAAAAACUUGCCUUUUCACUGUGGAGCAUCUUAAUAGGCUGUUACAGUAAUUUUGGGCAGUUACCACAGAUUUAAACUCAAACAAGGACUACAAACUAUGUAACUAAUUGUUAUGUAGUAGGUCAUUGGCUACUUUGCUGAUGGCUAUGGGAAGGGAACUGUCUUACCUUGGAAUUCCCACAGAAAUGUGAUUGAAAUGGCCACAUCCAUGAUGUCAGGGACCAGUGUAAAUUCCUCUUUUUCUCAAGCUGGAAAAGACUUUACAUAGUCUGAGCAUGGCAACAGCAAAACCCCACUCUGAUGGCAGUGAAUUGUAGAUGCUCAGAAUCUGAUGAGUAAGAGCGCUUGUUUGUUUCUGAAUGUAUGUUGGGAAAAAAUUAGAACAUGUGCAUUUUAGAAGUACCUCUGGUUGGUGAGACUCUGCUCUCCACUCUGAAAUAAUGAAAAAGUUAAACAUUUUAUCAACAUCUUAUGUGUAAUAUGACUUACUGUAUAUUUAUUUACAGUAUUUGAUGUAAAAGAAAAUAUUACUGAAAAAGCUUUGGUGCCAUAUGGUUGUUAUUUAUAUCAAAUUGUGAAUAACUGCAAAUAAACAUCGUCCCUUGUACAAUUGCCCUUCAAAAAG